AUGCGAUGCUUUAGAAUACCACGCAACAAGGGAACACACGCACAAGAAGAAGAAGAAGAAGAAAAGAAAUCCAUUACGGAAUUCAGAUUCGCUAAAGGAAGAUCGGAAAAGGAUGAUUUUAUGAUAAGGAAUGGCGGUCUGAUAUUGGAAGGGCGAAUCACUUCCUGUGGUGUCAAUUUCACACCCUUUCGUACCUUUUCCAAGCGACAACUCCAGAUCGCAACUGAAAACUACGCUCGAAACAGAAUUGUUCACAUUGAUCGUUGUGAAUUCUACAAGGGAAACCUGGAUGAUCGUGAAGUUAUCGUCAAGAAUUGGCAAUUCAACAUGAGUUCACGUAGUAUGGAAUGCUCCAUUACCGAAGUUGUGGUGGGAUUGCAGAUGAAUAAUCACAAAAAUGUUUUAAAACUCUUGGGUUGCUGCUUAGAGACCCCAGCCCCAAAUCUGGUAUUCGAAUUUCCAGAGAAUGGUUGUCUCUCACAUCACAUAUACAACGAAGGUCUAUUGUCAUGGGAAAGCAGGUUAAGGAUUGCAAUAGAGGUUGCAGACGCCAUAUCCUAUCUCCACACAGGUACUUCCAACCCCAUCAUCCAUCGCAACAUCCAUGCCAAAACUAUUUUCUUAGAUAAACACUUUGUUGCCAAACUCUCCGAGUUUUGGACCUCCGUAUCGAUUCCUCUGGGUGAAACAUAUGUAGUAGUGGACUGCGUGAUGGGGACUACAGGGAACUUAGAACCUCUGUACUCGCAGACCGGCCAUUGUACUGAGAAGAUCGAUGUAUAUAGCUUUGCGUUGUUGUUGUUGGAGAUUUUGUCGGGUAAGAGGGUUUCUAGUUUUUUCUCAGAUUUUGUCAAUGAGACGUCUGAUGAUGAUGAUGAUGAUUCAUCUUCAUCAGUAAAUGGGUCUCCUGAUUUGAUCGGGCACAACCCUGAUACGGUGGAACAGUUGGUUGAGAGCAGUUAUUUCAAGUCUACAGAUCGUAUUUGGAGGUGGUUGAAAGCAAAAAUGUUAAGAGAAGGAAACAAGGAGCAGAUAAUGGCGUAUGCAGAGCUUGCGCAGAGAUGUAUGGCAAAAAAUCGAGAGGAAAGGCCAACAAUGGUGGAAGUAGCUUAUGAGCUUAGACGAAUCAAAGGUAUCAUCAUCAAUUCCACUUCUCUAUCAUGA